CACGUUGAGUCUUCUUUGAAUUUGUAUUUAUGAAGAUCUUUCGUUUUCGCUUAUUAACUUUUCUUCAUUCUAAUUCCUCGCCUAUUGUACAUUCUGCUAUUCCAGGAAUUUUCCAAGGUUCUUUUAUUGAGCAGGACAAUGUUUCUUAUUCUAUGGAAUCAACAAAAUCUAAUGAUAUACCCAUCUUGAGAAAUGUCUCUGAUUCAUUUUCUGACUAUUAUAGAAAAUAUUUACAACGUUGUGGUAUUCUUGUUCCAAAAGAUGGCAAUUCUAGUGGCCCUGAUGCAUAUGUUAUAUUUCAUAAUGGACAAACACGUUAUGUUGUUGGAUUUUUAUUCAAAUUUUAUCACAAAACUGAAUUUUCGAAAACAAAUAUUAAGGAGGAAGCAGAACAAUUUUUCCAAGAAGUUAUUUCCGUUUUGAAUGACGAAUCUUUUUCAUCUGUUCAACUUUGUUUUCAGUUUGUGGUGGUAGUUUGUACUAGAUAUGAUCGAUCUGUAGGUUUCUCUGUUGAAGAACAAAACAUUGUUGAAGAUGCAAGUGGUUUUGUGACUCAACAUUCUUCGGGAUCAACUUUGAAUGAAAGUAGUCGAUCAUGUCUGCAACUGGUAGUUGUUUCUCAAAGGAACCUUGAAAUAUAUUUGGGAAGAGAUAAUGUCGAAAUUUUGAGGAAAAUUGGGGAAGCAAACCGAGGAGAGUUUAGGGCUGCAGCAUCGAGUUCUUUGUCUUCGUCAUUUGAUUGGAAUACUUUUCUAAGAGAACGUUAUGGCUUCACGGAAGCUUCGUUUAUUGAGCGCUAUGCACGUCAACUGCGAGUGUUUAGUCCAAGAAGCUUUUCACAUUUGGACGACUCUACUUUAUUAAUCUUUGGUAUAGCUCCUAGAGACGUUAUUUUGAUUCUUCGUGGCAUCCAUGAGUUUCUUGAAGAGGAGAUGAAACACUUAACAUGGUUUUAUUGGAAAAUGCUUGCAAAAGGCUGGUUGAUCUAAGUUCUCAAGUCCAAACAAAGUCUUAAGAAAUUUUUUUAUCUUCCAAAUAGCGAGAGUGGUAUUGAUUGAACUUUACAUUUGUGAUACGACGCUUGAGCUAUGGCAAUAUAUACUUUGUGUAUUUAUCCAGUAGUUUCAGAGAAUACUGCUGAAAAGGAAACAGACUAAAUAAUAGAGAACUGCGUGGCUUGAAAUUGGAAAAACAAUAAGAUCACUUUCUGCAACAGUUUAUUCUUCGAUGGAGAAACUAUAAUAACUUGUCUGAGAAGCGUUGAUAUCAUUCAAAUGAGUUUCUACGACAACUAUUAUGUUAAAUACUAAGGAUAGUGUAGUGAACUGUACACUGAAUUGUGAUGCCUCUUGCGAUGACCUGAGAGUUGUUGCGGAAAUAAUAUCCUUAGUAGUGAAUUCCCUGUUGUGACUUCUUUUCUUAUUGUAUAACAGUAGAACCAGAAUAUUUACAAGAUUUUCAACUAGUGUGGGAUCAUUUAUGAAGAAUGCCAGCAAACUUGAUUCUCUUUUUUCGGACAAUAUUCCUGUUCAACACUUCUACAUAGCAAGACCUUGGCUACGUUGCCAUUGAUUGGAUCAUAGUAUGAAGAAUAUUGCCACAUAAAAGAGAAAGUUUGUGU